AUAUUGUACCAAGGAAAUUACAAAAACAAAAGACGCACAGAAGAAUAAAUUCGAAGACAUAAAGAGAGAGAUGGAAAGUAAUGGUGGAGCAGGAGAAGUAAGAAGAGUGAGAUUAGUUUAUUUCCUCAGCCGUUCCGGUCAUGUUGACCAGCCUCAUCUUUUGUCUGUUCAUCAUAUCUCUCGUAACGGUGUCUUCCUUCGAGAUGUGAAGCGAUGGUUAGCGGGUGUACGAGGCGAUGCGAUGCCAGACGCAUAUUCUUGGUCGUGUAAGAGGAGAUAUAAGAACGGAUAUGUAUGGCAAGAUUUAUUGGAUGAUGAUCUUAUUACACCAAUCUCGGACAACGAAUAUGUCCUAAAAGGAUCUGAGAUUCUUCUAAAACCUCCAAAGGAGGAUUCUCUUCAGGCGGCAAAGAAAGCUUGGGACACAAGAAACGGUGGUGACUGCGGAAUAGCCGCUAAGAUGAUCCACAAAGAAUCUCCGGUAUUCUGCUCUCAGAGAUCUACGGCUACAACGUCGACAGUUACUGAUGAAUCCACCACGAACGUAGAAGACGUGGUCGUUCUGAAACCAGACAGGGAAAAAGUAUCCGGUGAACGAGACGUUUCGACGGGAAACGGGUCGGGUCGACCCAGUGUAUCGUCCUCGACGUCUUCGUCUUCGAGUUUUAUUAAGAGUAAGAGCUAUUCGAGCUUGCGUGCCUCCCAUGUGCUAAGGAACUUGAUGAAGUGUGGUGGUAUGGACACAAACGAUGUCGUUUUGGUGCCUUUGACUAAGUCUGCGUCUGGGGCUUUUGGUGCGGCAUGGGAAGAUGAACGCAGAUUCCAAUACCACCAACAGCAGAAUGCUCGGAAAAGUUUAGAAGGGGCAUGGAGUAGCAUAAAGAUGAAUGAGACAAUUGAGUUAUGUAAACCAAAGGUGGCUUCAAGCAAGCCUACUAUGGCUCCAUUAUGCUCGCAAUGUGGGAAGUCAUUCAAACCAGAGAAGAUGCAUUCACACAUGAAAUUGUGUCCAAAGAUGAAAAGUCCAUCAGCGAGGAAUGAUUUGAUGAUGGGAAAUAAUGUCGUUAAACCGACGCAUCAACGGUGCAGAAACAUUCAUGGAAAUCCAUCAGGACAUCCACGUCUAGUCAGGACUAUUCUGAAAGAAUGAUGCUGUUUAGUUAUUGUUGAUUUUCUAGUUUAGCGAAUUUUUGUUUGAUGAAGCACAAACCCUUGUUCAAAAAAUCAGGAGGUAUUUGGUCAUCACA